AUGCGAGAAGCCGCCCUUCUUCUCCUCUUUUUACCAAUUAUUUCAUGCUCCAACGCGCCCAAAACAUGCAAAAGCUUCUGGAUUUCGAAUCGGCCGUCGCAGGAUUGUGCCUCGUUGACACUUCAAGAACCUCCCCAACUACUUCCAAAUGUGCUUUCACUAUCAUUAUCCAAUAAUUCCAUAUUCCGAAUCACAACGUUCCCAUCAGAAUACCGUCGACUCCAAUCCCUACGCCUUGAUCAAUGCCAGCUGGAAAAGCUGGAUUUCGACGCGUUAUCAGUGUUCGAGCAGCUCCGCGAGCUCGAUGUCUCCCGCAAUUCACUGUCGAAACUAAUAAUUCCGCGAAAUUUGGCGUCACUUCGUGUACUCAAUUUAGCAUUUAAUGCAUUCACAUAUGUCCCCGACAUGUCACAUCUGGAAUCUUUGCGUCUCGUUGAUUUAUCACACAAUCGACUAAUCUCUGUACGGCCUCGAAUGCUUCCGUUCAAUUUGGAAGUUGUUCGAUUAGCAGCCAAUCGAUUUCAACACUUAUCUCCAUGGCCAUUUUUGCACAAGCUUCAGGAACUUGACGUAACAUUCAACGACUUGGAAUGUGACUGUUCUCUCUGGCAUUUUGUCACUUGGGCCGAGAAGCUCGCACUAUUUGAUAGCACAAUGCUUCCAUGUAGACGACCAAGUGAACUUAGGAAAAGUCCAAUUGAUGGAAAGACAGUCUGUGGCCCUACGGUAGUCACAUCGUCCCCCGAGUCCGCCGUAGUAUCCCUAGACGAUGCUCACGUAAUGUGCUGUACCGCCUUGGCAACUCCAUCUCCACAGUUAUACUGGCAGUUUAAUGGGAAAAAUAUCUCCAGUGGUUUAUCACAGAAGCAUCUAUCAGAAUCUGGAAAAUUGGAGUUUUGCUUGGAAAUUCCGAAAGUUCGACUAAAAGAUAUGGGAAAAUACAAGUGCGUUGCAUCGCUCGCCGGCCUCAAUUCUUCCAAAGAAUUCCACGUGGAACGUGACAAAAUACCCAUUGUACUGAACUCGGCUGAAGGAAUUAUGAUCUACUGUCAAUUUACGAUAUGCACAUUUAUCGGUGUCUGUUGUGUCAUCUCGUGCUGCGUUUUACGAACCGGUGGUGGUGGUCGCGGAAAAACUCGGCCAAAUCGAGAAUAUUUGCACACAAAGGUGCUCGAAAUCCCACACGAUUCGUGCGAAUAUUGUGAAGUUGAUGAUGAUGACGUGGAUGACACGUGUGAAGAUUGGGGUGAUGCGGAGACAGCUGCAGUGAGACAGUAUUUACAGUGGAGGCAGAUGCAGAUGCAGCAGGAGCAAAUGCAGAAAUGCCCAAUGCUCCCAAAAAUCCGUCACGAAAGCCUCUGCCGCCUUUCUAACGAAUCGGGAUCUUCAAAUCGGUCGAUACCUCGUGCUCCGCUGGCCCGAUUCGACGAGCCGAGCUGUGUUUCGUUUGAGCUAACCCAUUUGUGAUAUUAUAUAAUUUAUGUACAAUAAAAGAAAAACUGAUGAUAUAUUUAAAUAAAGGAAUUAAAGUGUAA